AUGCCUGCUGUGGCUUCAGUUCCUAAAGAACUCUACCUCAGUUCUUCACUAAAAGACCUCAAUAAGAAGACAGAAAUUAAACCUGAUAAAACCAGCACAAAUAAGUAUGUACAGAGUGCCGUGAAAAUCUUCAAGGCAGCAGAAGAAAGCAGGUUAGAUCGUGAUGAGGAAAAGGCCUAUGUGCUAUAUAUGAAAUAUGUGACUGUUUAUGAUCUUAUCAGACAAAGACCUGAUUUCAAGCAACAGCAGGACCACUUUCAUUCAAUUCUUGGGACUUCAACCAUCAAAAAAGCUAUUGAAGAAGCUGAAAGACUCUCAGACAGCCUUAAACUCAGAUAUGAAGAAGCUGAAGUUCGGAAAAAACUUGAAGAAAAAGACAGACAAGAGGAAGAGCAACUGCAGCAACAGAAGAGGCAGGAAGCAGGAAAAGAGGAUGGCAAGUCAGCUAAAAGCUCUAUCGAGAAUGCAUUGGAUUCCAGGGACAAAACCCAAAAGAUCAAUGGUGAAAUAAGUGAAAAAAAUGAGGCCUCAAUGGGAGGGACUAUCACAGCAAAGGAACUGUACACAAUGAUGAUGGACAAAAGCAUCAGCUUGAUUGUGAUGGAUGCUCGAAGAAGGCAGGAUUACCAGGAUUCCCGUAUUUUACAUUCUCUCAGUGUUCCUGAAGAAGCUAUCGUUCCAGGAAACACUACUAGUCGGAUUGAAGAAAACCUCCCAGAUGAUUCUAAAGCCACAUGGAAGAUGAGGGGGAAUGUGGAUUAUGUGAUACUUCAUGACUGGUUUAGCUCUGCAAAAGAUUUACAGCUUGGAACAACUCUACGGAGUCUGAAAGAUGCACUUUUCAAGUGGGAAAGUAAAACUAUCCUGCGCAAUGAGCCUUUGGUUUUAGAGGGAGGCUAUGAAAACUGGCUCCUUUGCUAUCCCCAGUACACAACAAAUGCUAAAGUCACUCCACCCCCACGAGGCAAGAAUGAAGAGGUGUCUAUUUCAUUGAAUUUUACAUACCCAUCACUGGAAGAACCAGUUGCUUCUAAACAUACUGCCCAAAUGCUGCCACGGCCUUUACAAGUAGAUGAAAAUAGAGAAUUGAAAAAUGAUCAAGAUGAGAGAGUGGGACCACUUAAUACAUCAACUCCAGUUGAACCAAAUGGUACUUCUAAAUCUGAUGGUUCACCUGCAAUUCAACCAGUGCCUAUUAUAAAGAAUGUUCCACAGAUUGAUCGUACGAAAAAGCCAGCAAUAAAAUUACCUGAUGAUCAUAAUAUAAAAUCUGAGAACACUGACCCGGAGCAACAGUCUUCUCAGGAUGGAAAAGUUGUUCCUGAUCGUUCCACAAAGCCAGUCUUCACCCCAACAAGUGCCCCGUUAACAGAUGACGAAAAAGCUCGUAUUCAUGCAGAAGCUGCUCUUCUAAUGGAGAAAAGCAAACAAGAAAAAGAACUUCGGGAAAGGCAACAAGAACUGAAAGAGAAACUGAGAAGGGAAGAACAAGAACAAAAAGCCAGAAAGAACCAAGAAAUUGAAGAUAAUGAAAUCGCAGAGAAGGAGCAAAAAACAAAAGAAGACUUAGAAAAAAGAGAAAGUGAACAGACCAAGAAAGAAGACAAAGAAACCUCAGGAAAGCAAGGCAAAGAAAUAUCAGGAGUGAAAAGACAAAGUAGAAGUGAACAUGAAACUGCCGAAGCCAAGAAAUCUGUAGAAGACAGAGGAAACAGGUGUCCAACCCCAGAAACAGAGAAAAAAUCAACAGGAGAUGUGCCUCAUGCAUCUGUGACAGAAGAUUCAAGUUCAGGCAAGGCUCAACGAGAACCUUUGACAAGAGCACGAAGUGAAGAAAUGGGGAGGAUUGUACCAGGAUUACCUUUAGGCUGGGCCAAGUUUCUUGACCCAAUUACUGGAACCUUUCGUUAUUAUCAUUUACCCACCAACACUGUUCAUAUGUAUCCUCCGGAAAUGGCUCCUUCAUCUGCGCCCCCUUCUACCCCUCCAACUCAUAAAGCCAAGCCACAGAGUCCUGCUGAGCGGGAUAGGGAACCUUCCAAACUGAAGCGCUCCUACUCCUCCCCAGAUAUAACCCAGGCUAUUCAAGAGGAAGAAAAGAGGAAGCCAACAGUAACGCCAACAGUUAAUCGAGAAAACAAGCCUACAUGCUACCCUAAAGCUGAAAUCUCAAGGCUUUCUGCUUCUCAGAUUCGUAACCUCAAUCCUGUGAUUGGAGGUUCUGGGCCAGCUCUCACUGGGCUUCGGAAUUUGGGAAAUACUUGUUACAUGAACUCAAUAUUGCAGUGCCUGUGUAAUGCUCCACAUUUAGCUGAUUAUUUCAACCGAAACUUGUAUCAGGAUGAUAUUAACAGAUCAAAUUUGUUGGGGCAUAAAGGUGCAGUGGCAGAAGAAUUUGGUAUAAUUAUGAAAGCCCUGUGGACAGGGCAGUAUAAGUAUGUCAGUCCAAGAGAAUUUAAAAUCACCAUUGGGAAGAUCAAUGACCAGUUUGCAGGAUACAGCCAGCAAGAUUCACAAGAACUGCUUCUAUUCCUAAUGGAUGGUCUCCAUGAAGAUCUAAAUAAGGCUGAUAAUCGGAAGAGACAUAAAGAAGAAAAUAAUGAUCAUCUCGAUGAUUUUAAAGCAGCAGAGCAUGCCUGGCAGAAGCACAAGCAGCUCAAUGAAUCGAUCAUUGUCGCACUUUUUCAGGGUCAAUUCAAGUCCACAGUACAGUGCCUCACGUGUCAUAAAAAGUCUAGGACAUUUGAAGCCUUUAUGUAUUUGUCUCUACCGCUAGCAUCCACAAGUAAAUGUACUCUACAGGAUUGCCUUAGAUUAUUUUCCAAAGAAGAAAAACUCACAGAUAACAACAGGUUUUACUGCAGUCAUUGCAGAGCUCGACGGGAUUCGCUAAAAAAGAUAGAAAUAUGGAAGUUGCCACCAGUGCUUUUAGUACAUCUAAAACGUUUUUCCUACGAUGGGAGGUGGAAGCAAAAAUUACAGACAUCUGUAGACUUUCCAUUAGAAAAUCUUGACUUGUCGCAGUAUGUUAUUGGUCCAAAGAACAAUUUGAAGAAAUAUAACUUAUUUUCCGUCUCAAACCACUACGGCGGGCUGGAUGGAGGCCACUACACUGCCUAUUGUAAAAACGCAGCAAGACAGCGGUGGUUUAAGUUUGAUGAUCAUGACGUUUCUGAGAUCUCCGUGUCUUCUGUGAAAUCUUCAGCAGCUUACAUCCUCUUUUAUACUUCACUGGGACCACGAGCAGCUGAUGUAGCCACAUAAAGACAGAUAGGUAGUAAGCUGGUUCUCUUUUUAAAGGUUCAGCAACACAGCUCUUCAGAUGUUCACACAGAUACUGAAAAGCAAUUGCUGGCCAUUCAGAGGGAUGCUAAGACAGUGGAAGCUGUGUGACUACUAUCAUUGAUUCCUAGUCAGUGCUAAUACCGAAAAGCUGACGAGUAACUUCCAACACUUACUUCAGUAAGAAAUCCUUACAGGUACCAUUUAUUUCAAAACAACUUUUUUAGUCUGCUCCAAAGUUAAACUAAUGAUCUAGUUAAGCAUUAUUAUUACUAUAAUAUCAGUCUAAAAAGCCAAUGUAUCUUUUUUUUUUUCCCUUUUCAC